GUGGGCCGUGUUCACGACGUCUUCAACGUCGAGGAAUCAGCUGCGCGCGCUUCGCGUCCCGAUUCAAAAACAAACACACACAUGUACAAUGCAAUAAAGACUCGUACAAGUGCCAUGCCGCGCGCAGGACCACACUCCGGCCCGGCUGGACGUCGGCACCGACCCCGACUGCAGGCCGGGCAGUGCCGGGGUGAGUGUCACUGACGCCUGCGAACCUCGCUGUAGGCAGACCCGCGGCGCACGCCUCCGCGGCACGCUGCCUAUCCGGCGCCCGCCCUCGCGAGGCUCUCGCACCCCUAACGCUGCGCUGCGCAUUGAUCUUUGGCUCAAGUCGGCGGCGUGCGCGGAGGGGCACGGGCACGGCGGCAGGCCCAGGGACAAGGGGCUGGCGCUGCUGUGCUGCCUGUCGGGCAACACCUCGGCGCAGGAGAGCCGGGAGGCGGUGCCGCGGCAGCGGACCGUCCCCCUGGCCAUCCCGCUGCCCACCCCGCCGAGCGCGGACCUGGCCGGCGCUUCCCCCUCGCGGUCGCGGUCACGGUCCCGGUCCCGGUCGCGACCCUCCUCCCCGCGGCCAUGCCGGGGCCUUUCCUCGCCCCGGUCCUCCCGGCCUCCAUCCCCUCUACCUCACGCAUCGCUCGGCGCCUCCCCCAAGACUUCGCGCCCAUCCUCGCCGCUGCCCGUCCCGACAGUCCCGCCACAGUCCUCCGGACCGCUUGCCUCCCCGCCCGCCGUGCCCUACUCCACCCCGCUCUCCUCAAAGCGGUCCUCUCUGCCCGAGGACAGCAGUGACCUCCAAGGGAAGGUGCGCAUCCGCGUCCACUCUUCCAAAGUCAUGCACGGCGUGGAGGACGGCGCCGACGGCUCGGUGAGCACCCAGGAGCCCCUUAUGCCGCCGGUGAGCGCCGCCAGCCUGGUCGUGGAGAGCAACAGCUUCGCCUCCUCCAAGAACUCCGGUAGCAGGUCCACAGCAUCCAGCGGCCGCAGUGGACGUCGCAGCAAGUACCGUCGUGAGCUCGCGACAUUCAAGCCCUCCGUGCACCCCGUGGAGCCACCGAACCUCAGGAGAAAGAUCCUCGUCGGCAGGGACAGGUCGCCCUCGUGGCGAACGCAGAUCCUGUACGGCGACAACCCCAAGAGCCCGGGGCCCGGAACCAGCCACAGCCAAGGGUCGAGCGCGACUAGUUCGGCCUCUGUGACGAUCUCUGCAGACGCGGCCUCCACGACCAUCGGCAGCCCGCUGAGCCGGAGUCAGAGCCAGUGCCUCGGCAGGCCACUCGCCACCAUCGACAGCGAACCGGGGCCGGUGGCGGCGCACGUCGCCUCGAGGACGGCCUCAGGGACGGACUUCAAGACGGCCUCCAGAGCAGCCUCAAGAAUCGCGUCGAAGAGGGCAUCCAGAACAGUCUCCGGAACAGACUUUCGAUCAUCCCCCAGGACGGCCUCAAGGGCCGUCUCGAAAAAGGCGUCCUCGUCUUACGAAGAAUUCCAUUGCCCCAGCAUCCCAAACGUUCCUCCCCCCGAUAAAACACCGACAGUGCCGGAUGAUGAAGCAGUCGAAAAUCCGCUUGAGUUCUGGCAAUUAGAGCUACAAGAUGGUUUCGUAUUCGGUGCUCCACGUCAGGAACAUCAAACUGUGCCAUCCGAGAUCGAAGAAAUCUCGACACCCCAAGAACAGUUUACACCCGAAUCUUUAAAUGAUGUCCCUGACGCGUUAGCCGUGGAAUCUACAGAAGAGCUUUUAUCCAACCUACCUGUGCCGCCUCAAGAGCUCCCUGAAGAUGUGACCGACUAUGAGGUUCCGCAAGGAUCGCCGACUAAUGAGCGUGCAGAUGAGAUCGGCGAUGAGGCGCCUCGUGAAAUUUCACCUCAAUCCGUCACAUCUAAAGAGCGCCCAGAGGAGCUCUUGGAAUCUCCAGUCCUCUUAGCGAGCGGCGCUGUAGAGCACCCAGGCGACGAUGAAGAGUCUACUGCUCUCGUGGUGCACUCGGAGUCUGCUCCUGGCGGCCGGCAGCAGGAGCCCGUGGGUGGGGCGUUGGGAGGGACCGUCCGAGACAUCGCAGACUACCGUGCCGCCGCCAAGCUCAAGUACGAGCAAGCCAAGAAGGGGCAGUCUGCGGUGGGGGUGGGGCCCACCGAUCUCAAGUCGCUGCGAGACCUGCUCCGGCAGAGCUUCCUGGACGUGCAGGGUGGCAAAGAUGUGGCGGGGGCGCCGGCCAGCUGGGCGCCCAGGGACGUGCGGAGUCUGCAGGACGCGCCCGGCGUGCACAAGAGCGAGGACAUCGACGUGUCCUGUGGGUCCUCCACGGCCGCCUCCUCGCGCUCGCUCGAGUCUCCGGACGCCGACGCACUGCAAAGGUAUCAGAACGUGGAGAGAAUCACCGGGCUUCUUGUGGGAACGGCCAUUGAAAUGGCCACUGGUGUCCGCAGCUCGCAGGACACGGACAGCACGUGCCCAGACAGCUCGAGCAACUCGUCGGGCCGCCAGCGCGAGGACACCUUCGAGUCGGACGAGGGGCUGCUCAUCACCAUCCGCAACGAGCACGACGAGGAGGCCGCCAACGAGGUGGAGCACAAGCGCUGCCUGCUGGAGCCGGCGGAGGAGGCCGAGCCCGCCCCCGCCGGCAGCAGGCCCCAGAGGAGCUCGGCCGCCGUGUCCUCGGCCAUGGUGGCCGCGUUCGUCCAGGUGGCGGCCGCCAUGAGCGGAGCCAUGGGCGCGGCCAUGGCCGCGACCCUGGAGGAGGCCGUCUCGGAGGACGCGCCGUGCCAGGCGGCGUGCUGCCGGGCGGACAGCGUGGAGGCCGCCCUGGCCGCCCUGGAGCAGGCCAGCCCGCCGCACUUCAGCCCGACACGCCGCGCCGCCCUGGGACCCUACAGGAGCCAGAGCUGGAUCGAGGGGGACAGCGACGAGGUGCACUGCGCCGAGGCCGUGCCCUGGACCGGGCCCAGGCCCGCCGCCGCUUCGCGGAUCGUACCGCAGCGAUCCUCACGCUCCGCCCCACACCACUCCGUGAGGAUGUGCGUGUCCGUGGGGACGGCCGAACAUAACCAAAGUCGCCCCGGCAGCCCGGCCGCGGCUCCGCGGCGGAGGGCCAGCGCCGACCAGCCCCCUGCGCCUCGCUCGACAGCGGUAGGCAAGCCACCCGGUACACCCGGUGCAGUAGUGCUGCUGCUGGAAGGAGAGUCUUACAACCGCUGUGUUCUUCUCCAGCCACCGGACGACACCGUCAGCGCCAGCUCGGACCCCGCAGACGCAGAGCCGAGCCUCCAGGACGCGGACUACGAGGAUCGACCUCCAGAAAUAACGGAAGAUGACGCCCUUAACGACUCCGGCAUCGAGGAUCCCGUCCCCGAAGACCCUGAUGAUGUAGAGGGCGCAGCCAUUUUACAGACUUUCGAGGACGAGGGUGCCGUCGAGGAGGACGGCGGCUUGUCGGAGAGGGGUGCGGUGGGGAGUCCAGUGUCCAAGCCCGCGCCUCCGGCGGUAGACGACAGCACUUCGGCUCAGUCUCCGGAUGGGGGUGUCCUCUCGCCCGUUCGCUCGCCCGCCCGCUCACCAUCCCGCUCACCGAACCGGUCGCACCACUCGCACCGCUCCGCCAUCUCCGCGAGGAGCAUCCGCACCAACAUGGAGAUCCACGCCAACAAGGCCCAGCCGUUGCAGCGGUCCAUCGUGUGCGGCAUCUCGACCCGGGGGCGCACCAUCCCCGUCUACCCCAUGGGCCACAGCGCGGAGGAGGGUGCGGCGCCGGCCGUGCCGCGGGCGCCCUCGCCGCAGCGCGAGACCCAGCCCCCGCCGCCCGAGAGCGCCUGCGCGCCCAACACCGUCGUGUUCCCCACGUCCAUGGUGGACAGCAGGGCGCUCAUCGCGGGCCUCGAGGCCGCCGGUGAGCCUCUUGUGUUGGGUGCCCCGCCCGCGCCCUACCCCAGCCCGACUCGAGCUCUUGUUGUAGGACGGACGGGGCCACUUCCGGUGCGGUCACGAACUACAGUGUCGCCUCCCCCGCCGCAACCGCCCCAGUCGCAACCAGUGCCCCAACCGUAUCAGCCCCCACCGCGGCCACCACCACCUCCUCCGGAGCCCGAGCCCGAACCGGAAGAGCCUGAACCUGAACCCGAAGUUGAACCCGAGCCCGAACCAGAACCCACGAGCAUCAACUCGUCCAAAUCCAGCGGGCGCCCCCCUUGGAACGCGAGCACGAAGGCCAGCCCCGACCUGCUGAGCCAGAGGACGUACGCCCGGGAUUACGCCCGCCAGACGAGGGAGCAGCAGUCCGGCAGGUCCACUCCGAGGAGCGCCGGGCGGAGCCCAGAGGGCCGCUCUCCGUCGCCAGGCGGCUCGACGGGGGCGGGUAGCCGCCUCGGCGCUAGCCGUUCUCCUUCACCAGGGGCUGCUGGUUCGGGCUCCGCGGGGUCUCGCCUUGGUACUCGAUCUCGGUCCGGCGACCUGCAAGUCUCGUUCCGGGGCGACGACGCCAGUGUCAGGAUUCCGGCAGAACGCGACGGCUCUGGCCUGUCCCCUCGGCGCUCCGGCUCCGCCUUGAACAUGACCACCUCCUCGUCCUCCAUGGGGCUCGGCCGCUACAGGGGGACUUCCCCGGGCAAGUCUCGGGUGACGGCGGCCUCCGGCGCGCAGGGCUCGCGGCAGGAUGGGUCCGACGGCCCCGCCCUCGGCGCGGAGAGACGACCUAGGAAGCUCCGCAGGCCCAUGCCCACGGAGGAGCGCGUCCCCAAGUACCAGUCCAAGUUCCACUACCUGGUGCGCCACGAGUUUUACAAGGCCAAGAAGGACCACGGCACAAUGGGGUAUGCGGAGGUGCCCGUCGACCCCCCAAACAACUUCCUCAAGAAGAACGCGUACUUCAAACUCCGUCCGAAAAUAGACACCCACCCCGACUACCCCACGGUGCUGGGGCGGCCCGAGGCGCGACCCAAGGCGCCUGCGCGCACCGUGUACGACGAGGCGCGGGGCCGCAAGGCGCCGCUGGGGGAGCCCAAGGACUACACCAAGAUCAACAUCCAGAACGCGGUGCGCGCCGUGCCCCGCCAGCCGCCGGCCCGCGCCGUGGACACGCGCAGGGGCAGCACGCUGCUCAUGGAGACCUCCGGUCUCGAGCCCAAGUACAUCUUCAGAAAGGACUACGGCAAGGUGCCCGAGUACCUCUGUCGGCGGCUGCAGCAGGAGGAGGAGGCGCGCCAGGAGGCGGAGCGGCGGCGCGAGAGCGUCAAGCCGCUCCUGCGGCACAUCAGCGAGGAGGAGCGCCUCUCGCUCAUCGGGGGACUGAAGCAGAACUGGCAGGAGCUGCAGACCAUCUUCCAGGGGCUGCCGAUGCUGACCGACACCAUCCCCAAGAUGAAGCGCAAGGAGUCCCUGGAGCAGGAGCUGCGCCAGCUGGAGCGGGACAUCGCCAUCGUGGAGAGGAACCCCGUCAUCUUCGUGGACGAGGGCGCCGGGGACGCGUGCGUCGAGUCCUCCAAGGAACAUUAAGAAACUUUAAAAUGAAAAAAAAUAAAAAUAUACGGCGCUACUUCAUCCAAUAUCCAUUCAUAACUAAAAAGUUUACCUGCAUAAAAAAUAUUUUUUAAAUUAAUUCAGUUAAUGUUCGUUUUUUUUGUGUAGAAUAUUAUUGAUACGUCAAAAACCAAUAAAUUGAAAGAAUUGACAUCUCUCAUGUGAGGGCAAAGAUAAAUUAACCCAUAAA